GAAUAAGUGAAGGUUAUUCGAAUGAAGAUAAUAUUUCCUCCAACGUAAUCUAUUACAAAAAUUUAGAAAAAUAUGUUGCAUUAAAAAGUUUACGUAGCGCAAAUAAUGUAGAUGAAAUUUGA